UUUAUGUGAGGACGUGUUUGUCGGACGAUUUUCAUUUAGAAACAAGUGGUUUGCGUUCGUGCUUGUUGAAAAGUUGAAUAAGGGUAUGGGUUCAGUUCAAGAUGAGAAGCCCGUGGAGCCAGCCACCAAACCACACGUCCGCGAACUGCGGAAUACCGAGCUCGUCUCCAGACUACUGGCCGCGACACCGCCCUACCUCUACGGUGCUCUACCGCUCCAGCCACACGCGUUCUUCUUCAGCGAGAUGCUGAGGUCAUUCGUCAACGCUCGCCACGGCUGCAGGCCUCCCCACUACCAUCGCCGCUUCAAGCGCCGCUCGCACAAAUACUUUGCAGAAAACGAAGAGUGGAGACGGGAUUGGCCGAAGCAAGAGGAAAAGAAAGAACCAGAAGUACGCCCCGAAGUUCCUCUAGAACUUACAGUCGAAAAACCUAGAGCGGGCGAACAAUCCCCGAGUCCGACGCUGUCACCAAAACCUGAGCCACCCAAACCAAGCAGUCCCGGCCCACCUGGUCGCCAAUCUACCUUUGUGGAUGUCGGAACAGAGGAGCUCCCUAAACCGUCACCUUGCGUUGGAAGGAAUUCUGUCGAACCUAACACGGUACCUUCUUCAAACUUGAUCUUACCCCCACCGCCUCCAAUGUGGUAUCCGCCGCUUUACAACCCGCAAUUUGGAGUCGACCCAUUGAAUUUCUUCAUUGAUCUACGCGUAUCUGGACACAUCUAUGACAGGAAGAGAGCUGAGGCUAUGGACGUGAACAUAAACCAGGAAGGGAGAUUAGAUGAAUUGAAUUUGGAGAAACGACUCGGUAAAGAUCUAGGACAGAAACCUCGACACUUGUCAGCGUUCGCGGUACCAGUUCGAUCGAACCACACUCAAACAGAAGGGCCGGAGAAAUACUUCGAGCGGAGUAACAGGUUUUUGGGAAAGCCCAACGGUACGUCGUACAUAAUGAGGAAUUUGAAGUGCGUGUAUGAAAAUCUGCACUCUCAGGAACGUAAGGACGAAUCGAAAGAACAAAACGAGGACACGAAGGGCGAAUCUUCAGACAUAGACGAUGAUAUUAUGGAUUAAAAGAGAAUUAAGGCAUUUGUAUUUUGAUUUUAAAAUGUGAAAGAUCUUUGAAGGAAUACGCGGUAUACUUGUAAAUGUAGAAGCCAUAGGUAGAAGCUAUAUAAAAUUAGCUUUCGGCCGACUGGUUCUAAUUGCACUUACCGCUUCAAAUGAAGCUUGUUGUACAGAAAAUCUUAUUCAAUCGAUUUCUAGACUCCAAAUCUCUAAUUUAUACUUGCCUAAGCUUUGAGCUCUAUAUUGAUAUUUGCUUAUUUAUAAUCAUAAGUAAUCGUUAG